AUGUCGUCGUCCGCGGCGGAGAACGGAACCAAGAAGAUAACUCUGAGGAGCUCCGAUGGGGAGGUUUUCGAGGUGGAAGAGGCGGUGGCUGUCGAGUCUCAGACAAUCAAGCACAUGAUUGAGGACGAGUGCGCCGACAACGUCAUCCCUCUCCCCAACGUCACCGGUAAGAUCCUCUCGAAGGUGAUCGAGUACUGCAAGCGCCACGUAGAUGCCGCCGCAGCUUCUGGCACCAAGGCGGACGACAAGCCUUCUCCCGACGAUGAUCUCAAGAAUUUCGACGCGGAUUUUGUCAAAGUGGACCAGGCUACGCUCUUUGAUCUUAUCUUGGCUGCAAAUUACCUGAAUAUCAAGAGUCUUCUGGAUCUAACCUGCCAAACUGUUGCUGAUAUGAUCAAAGGAAAGACCCCCGAGGAGAUUCGCAAGACAUUCAACAUCAAGAAUGACUUCACACCUGAAGAGGAAGAAGAAGUCCGGAGAGAAAAUCAGUGGGCCUUCGAAUAG